CACAGGCAGCCACAUUGCUCUCUUGAGUCACCGAGUACUUUCAGACACGCUCUCACACUCAUCAGUCACACAAACACAUAUGCAGCCUGGCAGCCCGCUCAGACAGCACACUCCAGGAUGACUUUGUACUGACACACUGCAAGGAGAGCUCAGCAGUUUGUUAAAAAAUCAGUUGCAACCAUGCCCAUUCUGAAGAAGCUCCCGGGACGGUCCAAGAGCUGCCACGAGUUCCCCCGAGUCAACGGCGAGCUGAUCCUGCCCCGGCUGGACCUGGACCUUAGAGAUCUAAAUGACCUGAACGAUCUGAAGGAGCUGAACGAUCUGAAGGACCUGAACAAGAGUCUGAACCCGUUUGAUGAUGUGGAUCUGGAUGAGGACGAGAGGAAUGGAGGCGACAUGGGCCUCAUCAUGGGGGACAUCAGAGGGAACCUCCAGCUCAGGUCAUCCCGUGAUGGGGAGGAGGAGGAGAACGAGGUGAACGCAGAGAGACACGGGGCAGGGAACCCGAAAGGGAAGCCUCUGAGGGGGACUCUGGAGAGGAUCUGUGGAUCAUCACCCCUUAAAACCCUGGGAAAACUGGGGAAGGGGCUUCGCAUAUCAGGACGCAACGUGUGGGGACAUAACUACCCCCACUACAGUCCCGGAGACUCGAACACGCUCCCACCUGAGAGGGAGAAAAAGAAAGGACUCCGCAGGAGCUCCGAAGGGAUUAUGACCCUACUACGGUUCACGGGUCGUCGUAAAGAGGAGCGCAGAGAGAGCCUGCCCUGUGGAAACCUGUGCGCCGACAGUGAGGUGGAGGCGUCCAGGCGGCCCUCCUUCCUCAGGAUCAGCCUGGGCAAGCUGAAGAGGGAGUCCAUGUCAGACAAGGCAUCCUCACAGGAGGCCGAGGAGGAGACGGUGGAGGAGGAGCCGCUGGUGAAAACCAGAGAGCCGCUCUCAGUCCUGGAGAUCCUUCAGCUGGUGAACCACAGGGACCUUCUCCUCGCUGACACCCACAUCCAGGAGCUGGAGCGAGAGUGUGAGCUGCUGUCCCUCCUGCCAGCUUCAUCGACCCCGAGCCUCACUCCUACCAUUCCUCCCAGCCCCCCUCCCAGUCUGAUCCCCUUAUCGACCUUAUCCUUAGACGAAUCCCUCAGCUCCAAUGCAACCCUGGAUUCAAGCAGGCGGAAGGCUAAAGACGUGGAGCUCCUGUAUGAGGCCCUGCAGAGAGAGAUGUGGGAUGUAGUGCGGGAAUCCCUCCGCCAACCGAGCGCUGGUCCCAACCUUGGCCUGGUGGUGCUGGUGAUCCAGCAGGAGGAGCAUGCCGACGCUGCCUGGGCUCUCCGAGAGGAGACCAAACUGGAGCGAGAGGUGCCGCAGAUCCAGUCCAGCCAGCGACCCCGUCGACUGAAGGUGAAGUGGAGGCAGGCUGUGGCGGAGGCUGCAGACUGGAGCUUGCCUCAUCAAGUGGACACCCAGGCGGGACAGCUGGCCUCGUACCUGGAGCGUCUCAGGGGUCGGAUGGUGGAUGACCUGGAUGCAGCCAGGAGGAACGCUGUGUCCAUUUACCCAGAAGAGUUUGCUGCUUUCCAGGUGUAUGUGGAGAGUUACCAUCGAGCUGUUGCCAAACGCCUUCGAACCAUCACCAGUGGACCACUUCAGAUCACAGACGUGUACUCACUGCUGGACUGGUUCUAUAACAUCUACAACAGGGAUGUCCUUGGAACCAUUGGAGCUGCUACACCCAUCAGUUAUUCUUCUCUGGAGCCCAUCCUGCCCCAGCAGACCGUGGACAGGCUGGAGCAGGACUGCAUCAGUAUCGUCAGGGAGAAGGUGACGGUGGAUCUGAUUCAGGUUCUGGAUGAAGAAGAGAGGCGAUGGGCCCAGACUCUGCACAUAGAAGAGUUUCAGUCUCACCUGGCUCGUUCAGUCAUCCAGAGAUUAAAGGUGGACUUGGACAGAUCAACAUCUGUGAACCAGUUCCUUGGGGCCAGAGUGGCCCGCUGCAGUCUGAUUGGACUGUCAGACUUUCUCUACAAUUUCCAGAGGAAAGUGGAGAUGUUUCAUGAGACUCAGGCAGAGUUUGGAGAUCGAGGGGAAGGAUAUGUUUCCAGGACCAUCGCUCUGGUCAACUGUUGCCCUCCUCUCAGAUCCCUGGUGGAGCGCUGCAGGCAGUGUGACCCACAGGGCAGUGAAGAGUCAUCCCAGAGAGCUAACUCGUCUCUGGACCGGAUCAUCAACCAGUCAGUGAGGGUGCUGACUGACAGACUGUUUGACCACAUCAGGCCUUUCUUUGACAAACUGAUCAAGAGAAAAUGGUUGAACAACACAGAGGCAUUUGAGGCCAUUGAAGCCAGCGUCAAACAGCACUUCAAGAAGUUCAGAAGGAUGGACGCUCCACCUUAUCAGACGCUGGUGGGUGAGGUUCACCGGAGGGUCUUGGUGGAGUACGUCCGAGCCAUCAUGCGUGGACGGGUCAUCUGCACAUCCUCCAAGAUGAGGAAAAGGAUGGCGAUCCGCCUGCAAGAUGAGGCCAAACAGCUGAAAGGACUCUUCAAGGAUCUGGAUUCGAGUUCAUCCUGGUUGGACAGCGUCAUCAGCCACCUGGCUGACAUCAUUGUGCUGGAGGACACACCCUCCAUCCAGAUGGAGGUUGCUGUGCUGGUGAAAGAGUUCCCAGAUAUUCGGAAGAAGCACGUCUCCACCCUGCUCAACAUUCGGGGCAUGAUGCGACAGGCAGAGCGCCAAGAGAUCCUCAACAUUGUCAAAGACUUUGAGUGCCGCAGCGCCCUCAUGUCCCGGGACCACGCCCUCUUCUCGGACAUCCCGAUCACCUCGGAGGUUCACUGCAUCAGCCUGGGUCUCCUCCGCCUCGCCAUGACCAUCUCCAACUGGUUCUCAGAGCACCGUCCGAGGAGGAACUUCAGGCCCAGCGCCAGAAAUGCUGCAGCUCAUCCUGCAGAGGGCCAGAACGUGGAGGAGGGGAAUAAACUGCACAGAGAAGACUGAGAGUGAAGAUACUGAUGAAAUGUAAACGCACCUUGACCAAAAACUGAUUGUACCAGAUAUUGUUACCAGCCACUUAAAGGGACUUGACCUCAGGUACUGCACGUACUGUACACGCUCUUUGACUUUCAGAUAGAUCUUCAUCUCCACAUGUUUUAUACAAAUGUGAAGUAGGCUGUAUUUGCAACAGCUCACCAUGAGCUUUAGUGUGUUUAUGUUGAUCUGCAGAGGUAAUUAGAAGUAUUAUGUUGGGUUAAGAUGAAAUUUAAGGCUGUUGCCCAUCACUUUGACUGUGCACCCUGUGCCAUUUUGACAUGAGAGUUUAAAAGCUCAUCUCCUAGAUGUUUUUGUGCAUUAAUUAGAAUUUAACACAAAUUAAAUUCGACUUGAAAUAGUAAAAAUAAGAGUGGAAUAAAGCUUGAGAGUCUUACGUAGCAAUCACAAAAAUCUGACUGCAAGUAGACUCACAUAACUGCAAUAAACCAGCUUAAAGAACACCUCUCCUUUUUCUGAUCCGACUAUUGUUUGGCUUUUUGUGGGCAUGGCUAUCAGACUUUGGGUGGUUUCACAUUAGGGGCACGGGCUUGGGUCCUAGGACACUUUAACUGAAGGUCUGGCGAGCAUAAGCACACCGUUCUUGGGAAGCAUGCAGAGGUUGGCUUUGGCAUGAUGUGCCCUUGGGCAAGGUAUAUGGGAGAUGUGAAUGUAACUGGGCCAAAGUACAGGGUAACCAUCAGCGAAUAGAGUUAUAAAGCAAAUUCUAAACAUCUCUUGACUCAGACAUAGGCCCUUUUCCUCAUCUGAGCUGCAUCAUUGUUGGUGUCUCAAAAAUCCUAAAAAUAUCAUAUCAUAAAUAAGCACAACUUCAGUUGUUGCCAUGGCAUUCUUGGUGGAUUUGAAAACCAGCUGCAGACAUAUCGCCACCUAACACUGAGGACGGAUUAAAUAUGUAAGUGUGCUGGGGCACAGAAAGAUGUAACUAAAGCCUAGUUCAGACCAAAGAAUUGCAAUGCAAUAAAACCGUCAUAGUAGACAGUUGCAGCUGUGUGAACUGAGCCGUCGCAGCUUGAUGAUGUUGCCUACAAUUGAGUUUGUCAAGUUGCCAACAGCUGGUUUGUGGAUGUUAUAAGCAGAUAAAUGUGAAAUGGAUAAAUGCCAAAAAAUAUUGGUUCAAAUCAGAGAAAAUCAUGCCGUAAUUUUUGAAAAUGAAAAUGAAAUGAAACUUUAGCCCAGUAAGCACUCCUGUCUCCUCUAUCAGCUGUGCACAUAAGCAGCAAGCACAGCAUUGUACAAGCUAAUAUAUGGAAAAGUCAACGCUGCAGUGGCUGAAUUUGUCUGAGGCAAGACUGAAGCAAAGCCUUGUUUGCACUGCUUGUUUAAAUGUGCUAAAAAAAUUAACUGCAAUGCUACAAUGGUGAUGAUAAAGGGGAAUGGAUAACCCUCAUGCAGGAAUCAUACAUCCUAAUGUUAGGUAUUAUCCUGAUGAUAAAAGUACAGAAAACAUGAAAUUAAUGGCAUACAUUGGUAAACUACAAAUCUGUGAGAGAGGAGAGAGAGGCAGUGCUGUGAGCUGAGUGCUGUGUGCAUGAACUGCUGUGUCCUUGACAGUUUAAGUGUGGGGACAGAGUGUUGUUGCUACAGAAAUGAUGCAGCAUCUCUCCCAGUUGCAGUGGUGGGAAUUUAUAUGCUUUUGAAUGUUGCAGGGUGGUCGGUUGUAAACAGUUGUAAGUUGAAACUUUUAGCGAAUCUUUGCUCUGAAUGGCAUGCAUUUGGGUAUCCAGAGUCUCUACAAACCUACAAAAUGUCAGAUAAGUAUAUUGUUCAAGAUGCCCUUGUGUCUGAAAACACAAAAUCUGAUUCUCUGUUCAGAAUUUUUGCUCAUUGUGAUGUCACGGUGGGAUUAAUUUUAAUAUCUGCUAGGGAUACAUAAUAUUAUCAGCAAGAUGUCGGUAUCAGCUAACCUUCCAAAGAAAAUGGAUUUGCCCGUUUCUGUGUUUCUCACUGGUGAAUUAAUCUUGCAAAGCUUCCAUUUGAACAGUUUGUGCCCGGUUAGAAAGUGACAGGACCAAUUAGCGUCGAGGGGAAGUAGUUUCCGGCAUGGCAGAGUUGUGACGUAGGCAAGCAGCGACAAGAGGUCGGUGCGAUUAUGGUGGAAGAGAUUAGCGUGGAUGCUGCUAUAGCGUCGGUUUUAUCAGAACUUGACGACAUUUCUUUGUUAAAAGAAGAAAAAAGAACAGCAGUGAGUUGUUGUCUUUGCAGAAACAAUUUUUUUGCCCUUCUCCCGACCGGAUUUGGCAAGAGUGUAAUCAUCACGUGUUUUGCUGCUCUGAUUGGCCCGUGAAGCUGUGACAGACAGAAUGUUCCAGAUGGAUGUCUGAAACAAAUCCAUCUGGCGUGUCAGGUUAGGUGUCAGCAGAUAUUCGCUUAAAAAGUUAAAUAUCAUAUUGCAAACCUCUGUUGAUAUUUACAGUUAAUUGGCCCUACAUGACUGCAAGAUAAAUGAUAUAUUGGCCUUAAAUAUCAGAAAAAUGUACAAGUGUUUUCAUCGAGUAUAACUUGUUACCAAGGGUGCCACACAACCAAGGAGGCCAAUAGUGAGCCCUGGAAAUUUGAAAUGAAGCCCCAAAUGGAAAAAAUUUCUGGACUGUCUGCUUCCCCGCUCCUCUUCAGCUUUGUUGCUGCCUUUAGCACAUACUGACAGCAGCCCGCCAGUGGUCAGCCUUCCUACCAGUCAUGCCCAGGUGCUUGAUACCAGAGCUAAAUCUGGUACUAAGUCAUGGUAGUAUGUUCUGCCAAACCUGGGGACUGCUGAGAGGGACAGAAGAGAUCUAGCUCAUCAUCUUGACGAAAACUAAACGUACUUUUUGUAGGUUUUGAUCAUCACAGAUCUAUGUUUGUUAGUCUUAGUCUAGUUUUUGUCACAGAAAAAAAGGCUGUUGACAAAUAGUUUUAGUCAAUGAAAUUAACACUGGAAUAUGCCCAAUAUGCCAGAUAGCCCAUCCACCCUACCCUGACUGUGCAUCCCAAGAAGCUGCCCCUUACCUGGUUUCCUCACCCAUAAAACUGCACCCAUGGCAAUGGAAGUGUAACGGGCAGGAUGAGAAGGAGCUCAUUUGCAUUUAAAGAGACAGUCACUAAAAAGCAUUAUAAGAAAGGCUAUUUAGAGCUGUUUUUAACCUCCUUUGGUCCUUGAUCUACAUUGUAUUUUAACCCAAGCACAUCACAGACAUUUCAGUGGACCACUGUGUGAAAGGUGGAAUAUGUCCUUUUUAAGAUUUGCUUUUAUUCUGUGUAAUUUCACUAAGAUGUUUGCAGGAAUCCUGUCCUGGUGUUAGCAGAAACAUUAGACCUUGAAUUAUUCCUUUAAACAAAAUGAGCCACAUGUUUCUUUGUUAAAGACUAUCAGAUUACUUGUGAAGCAGUUUUUAGAGGUGGUUUCUAAACUCUCAGGGCAAGAAAAAGCUACAUUCCUUUGGCUUCUCAUGAGGUUGUGUGGCAGAUAACAUGAUAAAAUUUCCACAACCUUAUUCUAAAAUAGAGCCGUCUUCACUGAGCUAACAUGGGAGUAUUGGAGCAGUCCACUGAUUAUAGUCUUGUUGCUUUCCCUUGCUAUGUGUUAUCAACACCACCCUCUGUUUUUAUCAUUUUUCACUUCUAUUUGUGGUCAUUUUGAGAAGUUGGUUUGUAAAGUUAAAAGUCUGUCAUGCUGUCGCUCCUGCCCACUCCAAAAUAGUUAUAUCACUGUCCACUGCAGUACAACCCUCAGCAUCAAACUGUAACUCCUUCACUCUGUUUUUAGUGUUUUAUUUCCUUCAUCUUUGCAGAACCACCUGCUUUCACACAGUUUAAUAUGAAGUUUGCAUUUAAAAGUGUAUUUACUCAAUCAUAUAUACCCAUUCUCUGGUAUAUAGUUCAUGUAUGUGAGAAUAUAAUGUUUGGAAAUGUAAAUGAGUUGAACUUUUACUGUGAAUGAAAUGGAUCUGUUGCUGGAAAUGUAAUAAAAACCCAUUGACUGGG